AUGAAGCACUUCAUGGAUAUGCUUGUUCCUGGGAGGCUAUACACCGAAGACUUCAUAGCGGCAAUAUCCCUUUUCCGAGUACGCCACUGUUCAGAUCCUCGGGAUAGAGCAUUCGGGUACUUUGGACUACGUUCGCCGAGCCUAGAUAUCAAAAGUGUAAUACCUAUUGACUACACCUUGUCUAUAGCCGAUCUUUAUCAGAAGUUGGCGGUGGCGUUGAUCGAGAAAUCCCAUACACUUGAUGUACUCAGUCAUGUACUACACAGGUCGAGCGUUGAGAAGCGGACUGAUGGCUUACCCAGUUGGGUUCCAGACUGGGAUGCUACAAUUGAUGAUUGGUAUCAUCUAACAUAUACCGAACGCACGAAUAUGAUUCGGCAUUGCCGUGCUUCAGGAGACAUGAAACCAGAAUGGAGGGUACAAGAAGCAGGCCAUGUCAUAACUCAUGGCUUACAAAUUGAGGCAACCGCACCUGGCUACCCUUCCAUCAUCCCCGGUUCAACACUUGGGGGCAAAACGGUCAUCAAUGAGUGGCGCCGACUCGCUGACCUAUCUACUUAUCCGGAUGCGUCACCUACUGAGAAGCAAUCUGGUAACGAGCGAGAGCGUGCAUUUGAGAACGCCCUCAGUGGAGGCUUUACUUACAUGAAAUGGUCACAAGGGAGUCUCGAGUACACAAAGGCAUACCGCGCCUGGCUCGAAUGGUUUGUAUCCUCGGAAGUUGCCUUGGCCAAGUCAUGUAAACAAAUAAUUCAAGAUUUUGAUGGGUUGAUUCGGCAGACAAGUGAACGUCGGAGAUUUAUUGUGACAAGUGACGGGCAGGUAGGUUUCGGUCUGGAGGGAGCCGAGAAGGGCGAUGUGGUUGUUAUUAUACCUGGAAGGAAGGUUCCGUAUGUUUUGAGGAGGGUGGAAGUCUCUGACUGUGGAGUGAGGAGGUAUCGUUUGCUGGGAGAUGCAUUCAUCAACGGUGCGAGGGCGGGUGAAAAGGUCGACCCAUCGACGUCGGAGUUGACCAAGAUCGUUAUUGUGUGA